AGUCAAUAUCCCGUUCAGUUGAAAUUUUCAAAGUCACAUUUUUUAAAGCUUGGAGUUUCUAGAAGCAAAGCCCAUACUUCAAUUCCAUUCUAUUCUCACUCAACUCCAAUUUUUCUCUCACUUCAUUGAAUUGUAGUUGUUGAGGCAGUUUAAUAUGAUGAUCAAUACAAUAUGCAGUGUUCAUCAAACUGUUAAAUGUAAAUGCCAAUUGCCAUGGUUGUUGGGAAAUCUGUGCAAAAUUUAAUAACACAUUUCUAAAUGCUGUUUUCCUCACAAACUUGUAUGGAAAAAGCUACCAAAAACAGUACAGUAAAGCAUGGGUCUUGUGUUAUUUUAGUUCAUUUUCCACAGUAAAAUAUACAAAGAUAGAGAGAGAAACAAGGGCACAUGGGCAUUUAUCAGUUUGUGGCCACCAUUGUUGUAUUUGUGAGCUUUUUUUGGUUUCAAUUCCUUACUUUCCAGUCAUAACCCACCAUUUUUUCAGUUCACCCACAUAUAUCUUGCUCUUCUUUUAACCCUAAUUAAUGUGUUCUUUUCAAGAAAUUUCUACCUAAACCCAAUUUGUGUUACUCAUAAAUGUAAAAUGUAACCCACCCAUUAAUGACUAGUUGCUUUUAUUGCCGUUGAUUAUCAUUUUGGACCACUUUAAAUUGACUACUUAAUACCCUUUUUUUAUAUUGAAAGAAAGAAUGUCAGUACUUGUAUUGUUGUUAUUAUAUAGUUGUCAUAUUUGUCUUGCUCUUCCUUUUUGCAGAUUCCAUCAUUUAGCAGUAAAGUUCUCACAUAAACCCUCAAAAAUUAUGUUAAUUUGAUCUGGGUUUUGUUUAUUAACAAGUAUAAUGUGGAUUAAGGGAGUUAGGUAAUUUUUAUUAUCAUUUUGAUCAUGAGAAAAUCUGAAAAACAGAACUUUGAAAUGGUUCUUCUUUUGCUCUUUUUCUUGCUUCUGGAAUUAAUACUUGUUUGCCCAGCAACUGAAAAGGAAAAAGAGAUUUUGCUGCAGUUUAAGAGCAAUGUAUCAAAUGACCCACUAAAUGUAUUGAGUUCUUGGGUUGUUUCUUCUGAUCCUUGCCAAAAUUUCACUGGUAUAACAUGUGAUUCUAACCAGAAUGUUGCUAGGAUUGUGUUAUGGAAUACUAGUCUUUCUGGUGUUUUAUCACCUGUAUUAUCUGGGUUACCUUCUUUGCGCUCUAUUACUUUGUUUGGUAACAGAUUUACUGGUAAUAUCCCAGAAGAGUAUGGAAAGAUUAAAACUUUAUGGAAGUUGAAUUUGAGUUCCAAUGCCAUUUCUGGGUCAAUCCCAGAUUUUUUAGGGCAGUUGGAGAAUUUGAGGUUCUUGGAUUUGUCAAAAAAUGAUUUUUCUGGUGAAAUUCCACCUAAAUUGUUUGCAAAUUGUGGGAAAAUGAAGUUCAUUUCUUUGUCUAGCAACAAUCUCACUGGUACAAUUCCUGAUUCUGUGAUCAGUUGUUCUAGUCUUAUUGGUUUUGAUGCUUCUUAUAAUGUUCUAAGUGGUAAUAUUUCUUCUCAAUUUUGUGAUUUGCCCAAUUUUGCUUUCUUAUCCUUGAGGAGAAAUAUGUUUGCUGGAAGUGUUGAAGGGAAGUUAUCUGGUUGCAAUAGUUUAGAGUUUUUGGAUCUUAGUAGUAAUAUGUUCAAUGGAGAGGCCCCAUUUGAUAGUUUUGGAAUGGUAAAUAUGACUUAUUUCAAUAUUUCCCAUAAUGGGUUUCAAGGGAAGAUUCCAGAAAUCAUUAUCUGCAGCCAAAGAAUGAGCUUUUUUGAUGCAUCAUGGAAUGAUUUGGAUGGAGUUAUACCUUCAUGGAUUGCAAGCUGUGAAAAUUUAAGAACAUUGGACUUGGAGAACAAUAAGUUAAUUGGGAAUAUUCCAAAGGGCAUUGGGACUUUGAAGAGUCUUUCUGUUAUUCGAUUGGGGAAUAACUCGAUUGAUGGGGCGAUUCCAGCCGAAAUUGGGGAUAUUGAGCUAUUACAAGUUCUCAAUUUACACAAUCUCCGUCUUCAUGGUCGAAUUCCUAGUGAAAUCGCUCAUUGUCGAUUUCUUCUUCAAAUGGAUGUUUCUGGUAAUGUAUUAAAAGGUGAAAUACCUCAAACCUUGUAUAAUAUGACAUACCUUUUGAAACUUGACCUUCAUAAGAAUAAGCUCAGUGGUAGCAUUCCAUCAAGUAUAGGAAACCUUUUAGGGAUCCAGUGUCUGGAUCUUUCGGAGAAUUCACUCUCUGGCCCGAUCCCUACCUCACUAGGGAAUCUCGGGAAGUUGAUCUAUUUUAAUGUUUCAUACAACUCUUUGUCCGGGGAAAUCCCUCAACUUUCAAACAUCACAAAGUUCGGGAAUACAGCAUUUUUUCAUAAUCCUCGGCUGUGUGGCCGUCCUCUAGGAAACUGCGCAGGGACGAAGUCUAAAAGAGCGAAGGCUCUGACAGUGUCUGCAAUCGUUGCAAUCAUUGCUGCUGCUCUUAUCCUAAUAGGGGUUUGUAUAGUUACGAUAUUAAAUAAACGAGCACGAAAGAAAAGGGCAGUAGUUGAGGCCAUGGUUUUGGAAAGCACUCCUUUGGCUUCAACAGAAACAAAUGUUAUUAUUGGAAAGUUGGUUUUGUUCAGCAAAAGAUUACCUUCUAAAUAUGAAGAUUGGGAGGCUGGUACCCGAGCUUUGCUUGACAAAGAACGGAUUGUUGGCGGUGGGUCCCUUGGUACGGUGUAUAGAACCAGUUUCGAAGGUGGGAUUUCGAUUGCAGUAAAAAAGCUCGAAACUUUGGGAAGGAUCAAAACCCAAGAGGAAUUCGAGCAAGAAAUAGGAAGAUUAGGAAAUAUCCAACAUCCCCACUUGGCGAUUUUUCAAGGUUAUUACUGGUCUUCCACUAUGCAGCUGAUCCUUUCGGAAUUUAUUCCGAAUGGUAACCUGUAUGAAAAUUUGCACAGCUUAAACUACGCUAGCUCGAGCACUCAAGGUGGAAAUAGCGAAUUGGAUUGGGGAAGAAGGUUUCAGAUUGCCCUCGGAACUGCUAGAGCGCUCGCUUAUCUUCAUCAUGAUUGUAAGCCCCCGAUUCUACAUCUUAAUUUAAAGUCCACAAACAUACUCUUGGAUGAAAAUUACGAGCCCAAGUUAUCCGAUUAUGGGCUAUUGAAGCUUCUACCCAUGUUUGAUAAUUACGGUCUUACGAAGUUUCAUAAUUCAGUAGGGUAUAUUGCUCCCGAGUUAGCUCAAAGUGCAAUGGGAAGUGAUAAGUGUGAUGUAUAUAGUUACGGGGUUGUGUUGCUGGAACUGGUUACUGGGAGGAAGCCUGUUGAGAGCCCAUCGUCCAGCGAAAUUGUUGUUUUGUGUGACUAUGUAAGAGAGCUGUUGGAAAGAGGGUCAGCAUCUGAUUGCUUUGAUCAAAGGUUGCGGAGUUUUGCUGAAAAAGAGCUGAUUCAGGUUAUGAAGUUGGGGCUCUAUUGUACUGCUCCGGUCCCUUCGAGGAGACCUAGCACGGCUGAAGUUGUCCAGUUCCUCGAGUCGAUUAGGAAUCACAGUAUUUGAAAUUAAAACAGGGCGGUUUCAUGUGGGAUCGUGUUGUUCAUCAGUCGUUGUGCUAAGAAGCAACAGUUUAGCCGAAGGGAAAUUGGGAUAGUCUGAAGCAACAGCCAACAGGUAGGGAGUUAGGAGAACAGCAAUGAUUCUUUGUAUUCUUUUUGUCUUCAAAUUUAAGCCUAUUGUUGUUCACACUCUAUUUUCAUUAAUAAAUUCAUUCAUUUUUUUUGUA